UUAAUAAAUGUUUUCUCUUUUUUUUUUUUUUUUUUAGGUGAAAGACACAUAUUUUCAUCUGGGAAACACAAGCUUCCAUUUAGUUUUCAACUUCCUGCUGGCAAUCUGGUUACAACCUUCACUGGAAGAUACGGAAAAGUUCAAUACCAACUCACCGCGCUUUUAGAAAGACCCUCAGUGCCCCGAUCUGACCGUCCACCGGGAGCUCCGCGUCACCAGCCGGAUUGAUAUCAAUUCACCAUCUUUGUUUACUCCCGCAGAACGAACCAAGGAGCGAACGGUUGGCUGCUGGUUCUUCACCUCCGGACCAAUAUCACUCAGUGCCAGAAUUGGGAGGAAAGGUUACUGCAAUGGGGAAGCUGUUGCAAUUUAUGCAGAAAUCGAGAAUGGCUCUUCACGUCUAAUAGUUCCCAAAGCUGCUAUAUACCAGACUCAGAGCUUCAUAGUCCACGGGAAGACGAAAACACAUAAACAGAUGCUAGCCAGUGUGCGAGGAAACCAUAUCGCCUCGGGGAGCACAGAAUCCUGGAAUGGGAAGAUGCUGAAAAUCCCUCCAGUCACACCCACCAUCUUGGACUGUCAUAUCAUCCGCGUGGAGUACGUUCUAGCGGUCUAUAUUCACAUUCCCGGUGCGCAAAGACUGAUGGUGGAGCUCCCUCUAAUUAUAGGCACAGUGCCAUUUAAUGGGUUCGCGUACAGGAACUCCAGUGUGGCCAGUCAGUUUACAGUGGACAUGAGUUGGCUUGCCUUGGCACUGCCGGAACACCCAGAAGCACCACCAAAUUACGCAGAUGUUGUUUCAGAAGAAGAUCUUUCAUGGUGCGCCCCACCAUCAGUCCCAGAACAAGAUGUGUUACUAGAAGGUCUCUGCUUUCCUUCAUUUGCUGUCAUCCAGGAGUUCCGAUUUCAACCCCCCGCCACUAUAUUCCGAGGUUGACCCACAUCUGAAUCCUACAGAAGAAGGCACUGCACCAUCCACCUUAGAAGACCAGGAGCCUAAUCAUCAUCUUACAUGG